CUCACCUGGAAYAGGUUGGUUCUCCUGCAUCAUCUGAUUCAGGUCAGAAGCAGAAGAAGCAUCCUGCCACGAUACCACUACAAUACCACGACAAUACCGCCACAAUAUUGCUACGAUACCACCACAAUACCACUACGAUACCACGACAAUACCGCCACGAUACUGCUAUGAUGCCACUACGAUACCACCACGAUACCACUACGAUACCGUUACGAUACCGCUACGAUACCAUUACGAUACGACCACGAUACUGCUACGAUACCAUUACGAUACCACUACAAUACCGUUACGAUACCACUACGAUACCGUUACGAUACCAUUACGAUACCACCACGAUACCGCUACGAUACCACUAUGAUACCGUUACGAUACGACCACGAUACCGCUACGAUACCAUUACGAUACAACCACGAUACCGCUGCGAUACCAUUACGAUACCACCACGAUACUGCUACGAUAACACUACAAUACCACCACGAUACCGCUACGAUACCACCACGAUACCACUACGAUACCACCACAAUACUGCUACGAUUCCACUACAAUACCACCACGAUACCGCUACGAUACCAUUACGAUACGACCACGAUACUGCUACGAUACCACCACAAUACCACCAUGAUACCGCUACGAUACCAUUGCGAUACCACUACGAUACCACCACCAUACAACCACAAUACUGCUACGAUUCCACUACAAUAUCACCACGAUACCGCUACGAUACCAUUAUGAUACCACCACGAUACUGCUACGAUACCACCACGAUACUGCUACGAUACCACCACAAUACUGCUACGAUACCACUACAAUACCACCACGAUACUGCUACGAUACCAUUACGAUACCACCACGAUACUGCUACGAUACCACUACGAUACUACCACGAUACUGCUACGAUACCACUACGAUACGACCACGAUACUGCUACGAUACCACUACGAUACGACCACGAAACCGCUACGAUACUGCUACGAUACUGCUACGAAACCACCACAAUACCACCAUAAUACUGCUACGAUACGACCACGAUACUGCUACGAUACCACUACAAUACCACCACGAUACUGCUACGAUACCAUUACGAUACCACCACGAUACUGCUACGAUACCACUACGAUACUACCACGAUACUGCUACGAUACCACUACGAUACGACCACGAAACCGCUACGAUACUGCUACGAUACCACCACAAUACCACCAUAAUACUGCUACGAUACGACCACGAUACUGCUACGAUACCACUACAAUACCACCACGAUACUGCUAUGAUACCACCACGAUACCGCUACGAUACCAC